AUGGACCCUGAGAGCCUCAGACCUCCUCAGGAGAGGGUGACAUUCAGGGAUGUGGCUGUGGACUUUACCCAGGAGGAGUGGGGCCUCUUGGACCCUCCUCAGAAGGAGCUGUACAAGGGGGUGAUGCUGGAGAAUGCCCGGAAUCUGCUGUCCCUGGGGCUUCCAGUUCCCAGGGAAGAUGUGAUCUUUUAUUUUGAGCAAAGGGAAGUACCCUGGAUGCUGCACCCAGAAGUACUGAGGAGCCACCCUCCAGAAAAAGACAUCAGAUUUGAAAUGAAGGAACAUACUACAGAGCAAAACCUUUCAGUGGUAAAAUCUCUCAAGACAAGAUUCAUCAGUGAUGGUCCUGCUAACUUCACUUGGCAAGAGAGCUGUGAUGAACCUGAGAAGAUCCACAUUGGAGAGAAAUCUUAUGACGAUAAGAGAAUUGGAAAGGCUUUCACAGAAAGUGGAGCUCUUAAUAGACAUUUACAGAGAAUUUACACUGGAAAGAAACAUUAUGAAUGUAACCAAUGUGGAAAGGCUUUUACACAAAGGGGACCUCUUAUAGCACAUCAGAGAAUCCAUACUGGGGAGAAACCUUAUAAAUGUAACCAAUGUGGAAAGGCUUUUACACAAAUGGGACCUCUUACAGCACAUCAGAGAACGCACACUGGGGAGAAACCUUAUAAAUGUAACCAGUGUGGAAAGGCUUUUACACAAAGGGGAGCUCUUACUGGACAUCAGAGAAUACACACUGGAGAGAACCCUUAUGAAUGUAAUCAAUGUGGAAAGACUUUCAAAUAUAAGCAUAGUCUUCCUGUUCAUCAGAGAAUCCACAAUGAAGACAAACCUUAUAAAUGUAAUGAGUGUGGAAAGGCUUUUAGACAAAAGGGAGCUCUUAAUGUACAUCAGAGAAUCCACAUUAGGGAGAAACCUUAUAAAUGUAACCAAUGUGGAAAGGCUUUUACAAAUCAGAGAGCUCUUACAGUACAUCAGAGAAUCCAUACUGGGGAGAAACCUUAUAAAUGUAACCAGUGUGCAAAGACUUUUAGGAAAAAGGAUAUUCUUAUUGUACAUCAGAGAAUCCACACUGAAGAAAAACCUUAUGUAUGUAAGCAGUGUGGAAAGGUUUUUAGACAAAGGGGUGCUCUUACUGUGCAUCAGAGAAUCCACACUGGGGAGAAGCCUUAUGAAUGUAACCAGUGUGGAAAGACUUUUACACAAAGGGGAACUCUCACUGCCCAUCAGAGAAUCCAUACUGGAGAGAACCGCUUUGAAUGUAAUCAAUGUGGAAAGACUUUUGCACAUAAGGGAACUCUCACUGCCCAUCAGAGAAUCCACACUGGAGAGAAACCUUAUGAAUGCAACCAAUGUGGAAAGGCUUUUAGAGAAAAGAGAAUUCUUAUGGUACAUCAGAGAAUCCACACUGGAGAGAACCCCUUUGAAUGUAAUCAAUGUGGAAAAACUUUUGCACAAAAGGGAACUCUUACUGUACAUGAGAGAAUCCACACUGGAGAGAAACCUUAUGAAUGCAACCAAUGUGGAAAGGCUUUUAGGCUGACUAAAGGUCAGAGUGAGGCUAGUGACUUUGCAGAGUUCUGCCUCACUUAA